AAAAAAAAAAAAAGGCAAUUGUAGAAGAAGACCGGUGAAGUUGGUAAAUUGAAACCAUCGUCCUUUUCAAUCGGUCUUCCCUUUUUCUUUCCCCAUUGAAUCUCACUUCCAUUCAGAUCUUCUCCGCCGCUCCAUCUAUCGCCGGCGACGACGCUAAAUUCUGCGUCGGCAGUGACGGCUCUUUUUGGAACCUUGAUGAUGCACAAUCCGGACUCAUUUCUGCACAAUUCAUUGAGGACCUGAAUCCUUUUUGGUUCGGAUUCGUUUUGUAUUGAUUGAACUUAUUUUGACGUCUACGUUGGGAACUGUUAGCAUAGGAGUGGUUUAGGACGUCUGGAAGUAGUUUUUGUUUGUUGAGUCUGUUUGCUCUAUGCCUUGCUAAAAGUUGGGGCUGUUACAUAUUGAAUGGCGAGUGGCCUUGAUGAAGACGUGGAUGUUGUGCUCAGCGAUGUUGAAGGUGACGAACAUCCCAUUACGAUCCAGAAUCCUUCUCCUGAAGAAAUCACUGUUGAGAGGUUUAGAGAGAUUCUUGCGGAGCGUGAUCGUGAGCGGCAAUCUCGAGAAGCAGCAGAGAAUUCAAAAUCGGAAUUGCAAGUGUCAUUUAACCGCUUGAAAGCGCUUGCCCAUGAGGCGAUUAAGAAGCGAGAUGAGUGUGGAAGGCAGCGGGAUGAAGCAUUAAGAGAGAAGGAAGAAGCUUUGAAAUUGAAUGAAAAGGUUUCAUCAGAGUUGGCUGAGGCGAAUCGGCAAAGAGAUGAGGUCUUAAAGCUUAGGGAUGAGAUUACUAAGGAGUUCGAUGAGAUCCUAAAGGAAAGGGAUACUCUGAGAUCAGAAAUUGGUAAUGCAUCCCAUAUGCUCGUGACUGGGAUUGAUAAGAUAUCCGCAAAAGUGAGCAGUUUCAAGAAUUUUACGGCAGGUGGGUUGCCUAGGUCACAAAAAUAUACAGGAUUACCUGCAGUUGCUUAUGGAGUUAUUAAGAGAACAAAUGAAAUCAUUGAAGAGCUUGUUAGGCAGAUUGAUACCACGACAAAGUCAAGGAACGAAACCAGGGAACAGAUGGAGCUUAGGAAUUAUGAAAUUGCCAUUGAGGUUUCUCAGCUUGAAGCUACUAUUAGUGGGCUAAAGGAUGAGGUUUCCAAGAAAACUUCUGUUAUUGAAGACCUUGAAAACACUAUCAUCGGAAAAGAUAAAAAGAUAUCAGAAAUUGAAGAAGAUGUGGGUGGUAAAUUAAGCAGGGCCGAGGAUGAAGCUUCUGAGCUGAGGCAGCUUGUGCAGGAGUAUGAUGACAAGUUAAGGGAUUUGGAGUUGAAAAUGGAGUCCCAAAGGCCUUUACUUGUAGAUCAGUUGGGUUUAAUUUCUAAAAUUCAUGACCAAAUUUAUGAUAUUAUUAAGAUAGUUGAUGUUAGUGAUGUGGACCAUUCUGAAUUUUCAGAGUCUUUAUUUCUCCCUCGGGAAACAGACAUGGAGGAGAAUUUACGUGCAUCAUUGGCUGGAAUGGAAUCUAUUUAUGCAUUGGCAAAACUCGUCAUGGAUAAGACAAGGAGUUUAAUUGAUGAGAAAAUCCGUGAAACUAAAAAUUUAAAUGAGACAGUUGCCCAGUUGCUCAAGGAGAAAGAACAUAUUGGAUAUUUGCUAAGGACUGCAUUAUCUAAGAGAAUGACAUCUGAUCCAUCCUCAAAAGCUAAUCAAUUAUUUGAAGUAGCUGAGAAUGGUUUAAGAGAGGCUGGGAUUGAUUUCAAAUUCAGCAAGCUUCUUGGAGAGGAGAAAUUUCCUACUACAAGGGACAAUAGGAAAGCACUAGAUGCAGAGGAUGAAAUAUUCACCCUGGCUGGUGCUCUGGAGAAUAUUGUGAAGGCAUCUCAGAUUGAGAUCAUUGAGCUACGACAUUCACUGGAGGAGUUAAGGGCAGAGUCAGUUGUACUUAAAGAGCGCCUAGAAUCCCAAUCCAAGGAGCUUAAACUUAGAUCAUUACAAAUUCAGGAACUUGAAGAAAAGGAGAGAGUUGCCAAUGAAAGUGUUGAAGGGUUAAUGAUGGAUGUCACAGCUGCGGAAGAAGAAAUCAUGAGAUGGAAGGUAGCUGCAGAGCAAGAAGCUGCUGCUGGCAAAGCUGUUGAGCAAGAGUUUCUGGCACAGGUAUGGAUCUCAGGUGUUAAACAGGAACUUGAAGAAGCGAGACAGGUGAUAUUGGAUUCAGAUAAAAAACUUAAAUUUAAAGAAGAGACGGUAAAUGCUGCCAUGGCAGCCAGAGAUGCAGCUGAGAAAUCAUUGAGACUAGCAGAUGUGAGAGCGUCUAGGUUGAGGGAGAGGGUGGAAGAGCUUACCAGGCAGCUUGAACAGCUCGAUAACCGAGAAGAAUCGAGAAGAGGAAGUUCAAAUGGUCAUAGAUAUGUUUGUUGGCCAUGGCAAUGGCUUGGACUUGAUUUUGUUGGUUCUCGGCACUCUGAAACACAGCACCAAGAGAGUUCAAACGAGAUGGAACUCUCUGAGCCGCUUCUCUGAGAUUUUUUUUCCUUUUUCCUUUCUUUUGUAUUUAUUGUGAAAAUGAAAUAUUAGAAGAUUUAUAGAAAAAAAAAAAUACAUAAAGUAGAUUUGUUCUUAUUGAAUGCUCCGGGGUGAUCGAUUGUUUUUCUGAUAAACAGUUGCUUUGAGCAAAAGUGAAUAUAUUUAAAUGUUAUUCUUUCUUGUUUUGUUUGUCA